AUGGCGGCAUCUCACCACACGUCGCUAGUCGCCACGACAAGCACCCUUGCCACUCCGCGGCUGUCGUAUCCGUCAGCCGUCUCCCGCCUCUCCUCCGCGCACGCUUUGUCGCCGCCCUUCGCUGCCCCGCUUUCCGCUCCUCUCCGCCUCCCCGCACCCCAUGGCACACCCGCUGCCGCAAUUCCGUUAUCCCGCCGAGUAGCCUUCCCCUCCGCCUCGAGAGGAUCCCUGCGUUGCGCGCGUCGCCGCCUGGCUGUGGUCGUGCGAUCGGCGGAAGGGGACGCCGCGCGAGACCUUUUAACUUUCACGGAAUCGCAACCGGCGGAACGAUCACCGGCGGAACAAUCACCGGCGGAAGCAUCCGCGGCGGAUGCGCGAGCAGCGGAAUCUCCAGCAGGGGAAGGAGUACCGGCAGGAGCGGAAGCGGAAGCCGCCAUUGUUGCAAGCGCGGAUUCGGUUGGCGGAGGGAGCAUCGCCGGAAAAGAGGCGGCGGCAGAGAAAGGGAACUGGUCAACGUCGUGGGAGCCCAAGGCGGCGCUGGGCGUGCUGCUGCUGUCCGUGCCCGUGGUGCCCGCGCUGCCGCGCUGCCAGUGGUCCGCGCCGCUCUACUUCGGCCUGCUCGCGCUCUGGGCCGUCUACGUUGGCAGCCACCGCAGCCUCACCCGCCCCCCAGUGCAGGCGGUGAGCAUGCAGCAGGGCAUGGCAGUGCCCGUGCUCUGCUCCGUCACGCUCUUCUCGCUCUACUGCCUGCUGCGCUUCGCCCCGGACUUUGACCUGCGCGUGCUCUUCUCCUCCUACCUCACGCUCGUGGGCGGGGUUGCAGUGGCCAGCCACCUAGCUGACCCGCUCAAGGCCGCUCUGCCCAAGGAGAUCAACGACCGGCUGUCCGUCACGCUAGACAUCCCCUCGUGGCUAUUAGAGAGCUCCUCCUCUUCCUCCUCCUCCUCCUCCUCCUCCUCCUCCUCCUCCUCCUCCUCCUCCUCCUCCUCCUCCUCCUCCUCCUCCUGCUCCUCCUCCUCCUCCUCCUCUCCCUCCUCUACCCCCUCCUCCUCCUCCACCUCCUCCUCUUCCUCCUCCACCCCCUCCUCCUCCUCGUCCCCACCUGCACCAGCAGUGCUCACCCUCUCUGCAACCGACGUGCUCUCUGCUGCCCGUGAGUCACACCGGGCCCUCUCACAGGGGCUUGGCCACGCCUGCUGGCAGUGGCAUAAACUUCCUUCCGUUCCCUUUUCCAGUCACCCUCUAUGUCCGCAACUAUCCCCUCUCAACUCAGCCAUGCAUCUUAACUGUUCCUUUUCUGAACUCAACCAUCCUCUUCACUCUCCCCUCCGCACCAUGCGCCCCGCCUCCCCCACCAGUGGGCAUGGCGAUGGCGGUGGCAUCAGUGCAACCCUCGGCGCCCUUCUCCCUGGGCAACAUCGUGGCCUGGGCAUGGCGAUGGCGGUGGCAUCAAUGCAGCCCUCGGCGCCCUUCUCCCUGGGCAACAUUGUGGCCGUCUGCAUUGUCUCUGAGGUGCUGCAGAUGCUCUCCCUCCGCAGCUUCGCGGUGGCGUCAGCAGUGCUGGUGGGGCUACUGCUGUACGACGUGUUCUGGGUGUUUGGCUCCUCGCCCAUCUUUGGCGACAACGUCAUGGUCACGGUGGCCACAUCGGACGCCUUAGUGGGCCCCAUGAAGCUCGUCUUCCCUCGAUGGACGGUUGAUGCUGCAUCACCCUACUCCAUUCUAGGCCUGGGAGACGUCGCAGCGCCGGGCCUGCUCAUGGCACUCAUGCUCCGAUUCGACUCGCACCGCUCCUCCUCCUCUGCAGCUGCCGCCGCCGCUGCUUCUGCAGCAGACACUCCCACCAAGGAUUCAACAACGCAGGGCGAGGCUAGCAGCAGCGGCAUCGGAAGCAGCAGCAGCAGCAGCAAAGGGGCGGAGGGCAAGCAGCAGGGGAUGGUUGUGGCAGCGGUGGGGGACGGUGCUGCAGGGCUGGAGGACAAAACGUACUUCCUCAUCUCUGUUGCUUCCUACCUCGCUGGCCUCGCAAUCACCAUUGGAGUGAACACAGUGACAGGAGCAGCGCAGCCGGCCCUGCUGUACCUGGUGCCGUCAUUGCUGCUGGGCGUGUCAGCAGCUGCAGCAGCGCGGAGCGAGCUGGAUGUGCUGCUGCGCUUCGAUGACACCGCUGCAGGGGGUGCUGGUGGGGACGGCAUGGAGGGGGGUCUGCUUUUCAAGCCUGUGCCAUGCCUCGACGGCAGUCCCCCGGGGUACUAUUUCCGCGCGGGCGUGGGCGAGGGGCGGCGCAAAUGGCACGUGUUCCUGGCGGGGGGCGGGUGGUGCGCCACGCGCGCGGAGUGCGUUGCGCGCAGCAAGACGUACCUGGGCAGCUCGCGCAUGUACCCCGCUGAUCCCUCCGCCUCCGCCUAUGCGGAUGUGCCAUGGAUGAAGCCCGGGUACGACGCCAUUCUGAGCGCCAACGCCAGUGCCAACCCGGCAGUGCACGAGUGGAACCUGGUGCGCGUGCUCUACUGCGAUGGCGGGGGGUAUGCCAGCACCAAAGGCCGCGUCAAGCUGGCUGACGGCACCAGCAUCUACCUCGACGGAUGGAAUGUCUUUCGCGCCGUGGUGCAAGAUCUCCGUGCCAAUCGCGGGAUGGAUUCGCCGUCCCACAUUCUCCUUUCGGGCAGCUCGGCUGGCGGGCAGGCGGUCGUGAACCUCUGUGAUUGGCUGGCAGCGAGCUUCCCAAACGCCACAACGCGAUGCCUGGUGGACUCAGGCUUCUUCAUGGAUGCCAAGGACCGGUAUGGCAAGCAUGGCUUCAGAUCGCUGGCUCAGAGCAUCACCGCACUGCACCGGCCUCACAACCCAUACUGUGCCUUUGCAACCAACUCUGCCCAGCAAUGGAAGUGCUUCUUCCCACAGUACACCCUCCGAAGCGUCGCCACGCCCGUUUUCAUCUUCCACACUCUCUUCGACUACAUAGCAGCCAUGCUGGGCAACCAGUUACCUAAGGACAACACAUCAUAUGCCGCUAACUGCGUGAGGGAGGUUAUCAACACGCAACCCACGGGUGCCUUCCAGUUCAUUAAGUUCAAAAGAGUGAGCUUAGCCGCUGAGAAACCGCCUGCGUUGAGUGUCAGUUGCACGGCGGGCGAAAGGGAGGCUGUGAUGGGAGUGGCGACGGCUGUUCAUAACCAGAUUGUUGCUAUUGCAAGCGACAGGCCGUCGAUCGGAGCCCGGCAAAGCUUCGUGGACGGCGCCGGCUUGGAGGAGGAAGUCGGCGGGUUUGGUUAG